AUGGCCAGUGACCAGUCGACAAAGCGGCCAGAAUCAAUUGGAAUUUUCCGCGAUGCUGGCCUGAAAGCAAAGCAUCCACUGGCAACCCGGCGUGUCAAGCGCGGCGAUCAGGCGGAAGGGGCGUUCCGGCAGCUGUACGAUGGAUGGAUGAAGAUAUCCGGUGGACGAGAAAAGCAGGCCGGGCAUACGUGGGGAGGUAUGCCGGUGAUGUCGGUGGUGUUGCUGAGGUAUGAGCCGACCCCGGUCGAGGGGCGUGGAUCUAUCGGGUUUCUUUUGUUCUUCUUCUUCCAAUUUAAUUCAUUAUUUAAUUUAUUCUUGGGCUGCUUUGGAGCACUCGUCCGGUCCGCGGGCCGGGGACCCUCGGAUAUGGGGGGUCAAGGCGUGGGGAUCCAUCCGUAUACUCCGGACGAGGCUGACAUGAUACGAGUCUCCGUCGGUCAUCCUCCUCGGAGGCUGACGAGAUUAAUCAGAAACAUCGCCUCAACUAAUUACUCCGUCUCCAAACGCGCCACCAUUUACGACCGGCGGUUUCAUCGCGCGUCCAACUGGGCUGUACAUCUCACCCCGCCCUGUUGUCCUCGCUACGUAGCUACAGUGCCGUGCAAGUAUCCGCGAUAUCCUCACCAAGCGCAGCGCGCGGACGAGUUUUGGGUUGUUGUGCAGGCGAGUACCCGUGACUUGACCGCUUCUGUGUUUGACAUCUGGAUGGAUGUCGACUUGCAUCCCCCCGCGGUCGCUAUGCACGUAUGUCUGUCUGUAUCCUUUCCCAAGUCACAACAUCCUGGCGAUGGUGGUGGUGGUCUGGCGGUCAGGCAGGCAAACACCCGGACGCCUCAACUGCUGCCGGGCAUUGUUGGCAGCGGUUCGUUCUCAAGGCAAACAGAAUGGAUGGCUUUCUUUUGA